GGCCGGGCGCCGCUCGGGGCCGCGGGCCUGCCCGGGAGCCCCUUCGCGGGCGGCGCCCCGGAGGCCGAGCUGAGGCCACCAUGUGACCCGGUGCCGCUGCUCCGUGCGAGCAAGAGGCGGUGCUGCUGGCCCCCGUCCAUGCUCCUGGGCCGCGGCCCCGCGCAGGCCAAGCAUGAGGCCGCGCCCCGACGGUCGGGGGCUGCGGGCCGGCGCCGCGCUGUCUCCCGCGCUGCUGCUGCUGGUGCUGCUGCUGCCGUCGCCUCCGCUGCUGCUGCCUGGGUGCCUGUGGGCGGCGGGGACCCCCGCACCGUCGAUGCCCGGGGCUCGGGAGGACGGCGUGCCCGGCCCGGGCCGCGUGAAGCGUGGCUGGGUGUGGAAUCAGUUCUUCGUGGUGGAGGAGUACACGGGCACCGAGCCCUUGUACGUGGGCAAGAUCCACUCGGACUCGGACGAGGGCGACGGUGCCAUCAAGUACACCAUCUCAGGCGAGGGCGCUGGUACCAUCUUCCUGAUUGACGAGCUGACGGGUGACAUCCAUGCCAUGGAGCGCCUGGACCGUGAGCAGAAAACCUUCUACACCCUGCGUGCCCAGGCCCGUGACCGCGCCACCAACCGCCUGCUGGAGCCCGAGUCGGAAUUCAUCAUCAAGGUUCAGGACAUCAACGACAGUGAGCCCCGCUUCCUGCAUGGGCCCUACAUUGGCAGCGUGGCCGAGCUCUCACCAACAGGUACGUCAGUGAUGCAGGUGAUGGCCUCAGAUGCGGAUGACCCCACGUAUGGCAGCAGCGCUCGGCUGGUGUACAGUGUGCUGGACGGCGAGCACCACUUCACCGUGGACCCCAAGACUGGUGUGAUCCGGACAGCUGUGCCCGACCUGGACCGAGAGAGCCAGGAGCGCUACGAGGUGGUGAUCCAGGCCACGGACAUGGCGGGCCAGCUGGGAGGCCUCUCAGGCUCCACCACCGUCACCAUUGUGGUCACGGAUGUCAACGACAACCCGCCUCGCUUCCCACAGAAGAUGUACCAGUUCAGCAUCCAAGAGUCGGCUCCCAUCGGCACCGCUGUGGGGCGAGUGAAGGCCGAGGAUUCGGACGUGGGCGAGAACACAGACAUGACUUACCACCUGAAGGAAGAGAGUGGCAGCGGCGGCGACGUGUUCAAGGUCACCACGGACAGCGACACGCAGGAGGCCAUCAUCGUAGUGCAGAAGCGCCUGGACUUCGAGUCCCAGCCGGUGCACACCGUGGUCCUGGAGGCUCUCAACAAGUUCGUGGACCCUCGCUUCGCCGACCUGGGCACGUUCCGCGACCAGGCGAUCGUGCGCGUGGCCGUGACCGACGUGGACGAGCCCCCCGAGUUCCGGCCGCCCUCCGGCCUCCUGGAGGUGCAGGAGGACGCGCAGGUGGGCUCCCUGGUCGGCGUGGUGACGGCGCGGGACCCCGACGCCGCCAACCGGCCCGUCCGGUACGCCAUUGACCGCAACUCGGAUUUGGACCAGAUCUUCGAUAUCGAUGAGGACACGGGUGCCAUCGUGACAGGCAAGGGGCUGGACCGAGAGACGGCGGGCUGGCACAACAUCACGGUGCUGGCCAUGGAGGCUGACAAUCAUGCCCAGCUUUCCCGGGCAUCCCUGAGGAUACGAAUCCUGGAUGUGAAUGACAAUCCCCCAGAACUGGCCACGCCUUACGAGGCAGCCGUGUGUGAGGACGCCAAGCCAGGCCAGCUCAUCCAGACCAUCAGCGUGGUGGACAGAGAUGAGCCGCAGGGCGGCCACCGCUUCUAUUUCCGUCUGGUGCCUGAGGCUCCCAGCAACCCUCACUUCACGCUGCUCGACAUCCAAGACAACACAGCCGCAGUGCACACACAACACGUGGGCUUCAACCGACAGGAGCAGGACGUGUUCUUCCUGCCCAUCCUGGUGGUGGACAGCGGGCCGCCCACGCUGAGCAGCACGGGCACGCUCACCAUCCGCAUCUGUGGCUGCGACAGCUCGGGCACCAUCCAGUCCUGCAACACCACCGCCUUCGUCAUGGCCGCCUCCCUCAGCCCCGGUGCCCUCAUCGCCCUGCUGGUCUGCGUUCUCAUCCUGGUUGUGCUGGUGCUGCUGAUCUUGACCCUGCGGCGCCACCACAAGAGCCACCUGAGCUCGGACGAGGACGAGGACAUGCGGGACAACGUGAUCAAAUACAACGACGAGGGCGGCGGCGAGCAGGACACGGAGGCCUACGACAUGUCGGCGCUGCGCAGCCUCUACGACUUCGGCGAGCUCAAGGGCGGCGACGGGGGCGGCGGCGGCAGCGGCAGCGGCGGCGGCGGCGUGGGGGACGCGGGCACCCCGCAGGCCGGCCUGCCCUCCGAGCGCCACGCGCUGCCCGAGGCCGGUUCGAGCCCCGAGCCGGACUUCUCGCUGUUCAGGGACUUCAUCGGCCGCAAGGUGGCGCUGGCGGACGGGGACCUGUCGGUGCCGCCCUACGACGCCUUCCAGACGUACGCGUUCGAGGGCGCGGACUCGCCGGCCGCCUCGCUCAGCUCGCUGCACAGCGGCUCGUCGGCCUCCGAGCAGGACUUCGCCUUCCUCAGCAGCUGGGGCCCGCGCUUCCGGCCGCUGGCCGCCCUCUACGCCGGCCACCGCGCCGACGACCACGAGCCGCCCGCCUCCUAGCGCCCCCCGCGCGGCCGCAGGGGGCGUAGCCCUCUUCGCCCCUUCCCCGGGGCCGCGGACCAAUCACUGCGCCUGCGCGCCUCCGGGCCCCGCCCCGCCUCCGGGAGGCCCGACGGGAGGGGCUGGCCGGGACCUGCUCCCGGUGUCCUUCUCCUGGGUGACCGCUGUGGGACCCAGGGGUGCGGGAAUUGCGACCAACGGCAUUAAAACUGCAGCGACACUGGGCACUGCGUGGAUCUGGGGUGCUAAGAGAGCUGGGGUGGGGGUGCAGCGACUGGAGGUGCAAGUUCCUUGGCCUGGGAGGCGCUGGACAGAGGACGCUGCUGAGAGCCCCUCCCAACCAAGGUU